AUGAAUGCGCCGGCUGACGUAGACACCAAGAUUGGUCGUCAAGCGCAGCGCGUACUUGCCCGUCUGAAGAAGAAUCGGACGGCGGCGGGCCUUCUCUCCAUUGCCGGCCUCGUGCUCGGCACGCUUCGCGAUCUCGCCCCGAUCGUCGUCGUGGUCGCCGUCUUUCAGGUUGCCAUCCUGCGCCAGCCGUUUCCCGAUCUCGGCGGCAUGAUCGGCGGGCUUGUGCUCGUGAUGCUGGGGCUCGCGCUCUUCAUCAAGGGGCUGGAGAUGGGCCUCUUCCCGCUGGGCGAGGGGCUGGCCCAGGGUUUGCGCACAAGGGCAGCCUGA